AUGAGAACAUCUACGACAACUAUUAUCGCACUGCUCAUGGCCAAAGGUCAAGCGCAGCAAUGCCCAACUGGAUCAGGUGUUGGCAUGAUUGUUGCACGGGCUUCUACAGAAGCACCAGGCACAGGCAUUAUCGGUGCUGUAGCAGACGAUGUUGCUGUCCAGAUACCGGGCUCUACCAUUACGGCUGUCGACUACCCAGCUACGCUACAGAACUAUCAGUCCUCAGAAGGUCAAGGAGUGGCUGCAAUGACACAAUUGGUGCAGAACUUCACGGCCAGCUGCCCCGAUGCCAAGAUGGUUCUGAUGGGUUACUCUCAGGGCGCUCAAGUUGCAAUGGAUGUCCUUUGCGGAACUAGCGAGACUGGCUUUGCCACUACGGAACCCGUGGCAUCUGACAACGUGGCAGCAGUGGUUCUCAUGGGCGAUCCCAGCUUUACACCUGACCAGGCUUUUAAUGCCGGUACUGCCACAAACGAAGGGCGUUUUCCCCGGCAGGAUAUUGCGUCUUGCGGCGCUACCGACCGCAUUGCGUCCUUCUGCAAUGCGGGCGACACGUUUUGUGAUAGCGGGCUGAGUCUACAGGUCCAUCUAAGCUAUGUCCAAACGAACGGUGCGGAUGCAACAAAAUUCAUCAUCUCAAAGGUCGGUGUUGGCGCUUGA